AACUUUCAUAACAAUCGCUGAUUGCCUAUAGUUUAUCCAAUCAGUGCUCCAAGCUUGACUAGGCGAGGCUCUGCUUACUAGCAAUUCUAAGACUUGCCAGUUUCAAGAUAUUCUUACUCUGAAUUUGUCACGCAAUUUAUUGUUCCACGCAAGUUUGUCUCUUAGUGCAUGGAGCAGUCUUAGUUGAAAAAUGAUGCAUGAAACACCAAUGCAUUUUUAUCAUAAAAUUUGGGACCAGUGGUGUGGUGCCAGUCUGACAAAUUCUACCAUUUCAAUGUGUGCCCCAAUUUAGGAGUGGUCAAACACAACGUCUCUGGAUCCCUUAAUUGACCACUAGCGGUUGUAUCACUUUGAGCCUUCAUCUCCCAAUAAUCCUAAUUUCUAAUUGAUGAAAAUAUAUUCGAACAUAAUCAUUUUGAUCUGGUUAUUAUGCAGAUCCUUAUGGCAUCUAGCGCAAGACCUGUAACUGAAUGACCAACAUUUCUGCUGCACUGUUUUUAAAUGUUAUUUAUCCUUUGCUGAAACAUCAGAUAGAAAGUCUGUGCCAGCGAUUUGGAUCAAUGGUAAGUAGAUUUUGUGGAGUGCAGCAAAGAUCUGUCCAUCGCAGAAGUUGGCAAUCUAAAAUGUUUUGUCCGCGAGUACUUAGCGAAAUGCAAUUAAUACUGAGUUUUCACUUUGCAUUGGAAGGCAAUUUCUCAAAAAAAUAGAUCUUUUUUUUUUUUUUUUUUUUUUUUGUAUGCGCCUUGCACGAGAGCAGUUACUUGAAAGAUGUGCAAGGCUUUUGCGUUGUGUAAAGGGCACGCGCUAGCUGGCGAGUGCAUUGUUCAGAACGGAAAGCUGGGCCGACUGCCAACAGAUAAAUUUGUACUGGCGACAGAACCUAUUCCGUGUCGCGUGGGCCAUGUUAAAUCCUCCAGAAAAAUAUGGUUACCGUCCUUGAGGUGUGCUCUAGAUGCGGAACUAGCCCCGCUGGCAUAUAAUUAUAUAUAUAUAUAUAUAUAUAUAUGCAGCUGCGUAGAGCAGGUCAUAGUACAGAGGUGAGCAGCCUUGUCUAGAACGCGUGAACGGCGGCUUCCAGGACUCUCCGGAGCCAGCCAGCGACGUCUAACGGCUUCGGAAGCCGCCGCUCCCGCGUUCUAGGCAAGGCUCACCUCAGUGCAUGCUCCCUAGGACAUAUACAGAAUCCCCCAAGCUCCAAGCAGUCGGAGCAAGUAAUGAUUGGUCUGUUUGGCAGUAAAACCUGCGUCAGUGGCGGCCAAGGAGGUUUUAAAAAAAAGCUGGAGUGGCAAUGCUGCUGCUUCAAAAGAAGCAUUGUGGAAUGUAGGAUAUGCCUUCUUUUCGCCUCGAUGAUUAAGGUUGCUAAUUUGGCUGUAAAGAUCCUAUUGAAUAUAUGCCUUUGUUUCACUGGUUUUAGGAGAUUUUGUUACUGUCGUGGCACAUUCUUUGUGAGAGUUCUUGAUAUCAACACGCAGCCAAAUAUAUUAUUUUAGCUAGAAACAACGAACUUUUACAAUUACCCUAGCGUUUGCAUUCGCACAACAAAAGCACUGACGGGUGUGCGCGGACUGGACUGCACGCGGCGGCACUCUUUUAGAGGUGAAGCCGGUGCAAGCGCUUCACCCCUGCUGGUAAAAGGUAGCGGGCGCCGCCACUCCAGAACUUUCUUUUUUUUUAACCUCUUUGUUCAUAUGACCGUUGCGUGGCGUAAAAUUUCGUUCUGUUCUUAUACUAGCGCCCUUUCCCCGCAUGUUCAAACGGUUCGGAGUGCCAAGUUAAUCCCACAACCCUCGCUAGUUGGCGCAUUCACGUUGAGCAUUCACUGGCAUUGGGCGAGUUUACGGCUGUUGUCCAGACAUCGGCUUUUGGACGGGAAGAGUUCACUUGGUAGUCUCCACUUCUUUCCGGGUAGGGAACUUCCAUGCCAGAAAGCUACCGCAAAGGUGAUCAGCCGUUUCUUUCUGCCGCCAAUACCAGCACCGGUACUUCUGCGCUGCUGACUAACGAAGGACAAGCGACAGCUGACGAGAUGGUGUUUUACCUCGCAUAUCCAGACGGUAAUGUUGAUCUGGAUCUCCUAUGCAACAUGUGCCACCGUAGGUUGGCUAUCAUGAUGAAAAUUGCCCGGUGCGAAGGUAAUGUCGACGCAGUCCGCAAUGUUCUCGAGGAAGACGACACUUGCCACGAGUGCCUUAUCGAAGGGAGUCCACAGGACAGCGUGUCUCAUUUUUUUCUAAGGUUGUUGCUGUGCCCAUUUGGAUCGGCCUUCAACACUAUAGUGCAAGCCGAGUCGAUGCUGUUCCUGUGUCGCUUUGAGGCGCUGAACUGGGAUGAACGUAGAGCCAUUGUUGAGCGUGCUUUCUCCGAUUCCAAUGAACUCCUCAAGUGCAACAUUAACCAGCAAUUUCGCGAGGUUCUGACGACGCUGACCAAGGUUCUUGCUGCUGCCUUGAAGAGCUGGAGUCUCAUCGUUGAAGCCAAAGAAUUUUCUGUUGCUGUGCCUUUUGAGCACGCCCUCUCUCUUGUGAGCGCUCGACGGGUCAUCCUGCGAGCAGGCGAGGCCAUCAUAAGGGAGCACCAUCUUCCUGUGUUCCUGGCAGGCAUGUUCCAGGCAGUGUGCGAACAAGGCACUGCCCACUUCAAGAGGACGGCGCGAUUUCGAACACUGCACCAAGAUGAAAGAAUGGCUGAACUGCGUACGUCCUUAAGGGCUGCUUUCGAAGCACAGCGAGGAUUCUUGGCAAUGGGCUGCCCACUGAAGGCCGGGGAAGUGGACAGCCAGGCAGCAGCGUACUUCCCACCGUGCAUGUCUGCGUUGUAUGCCACCUUGAAGAGGGAGAAGAGGCUGUCCCACGACGAUCGAUUCGUCUUUUCGUUGUUCCUGAAGGAGAUUGGCCUGAACCUGACCGAAGCGAUCGAGUUCUGGAGUCGCUACUACAUCGAGCCUCCUGGCAAGAAGGCCACUUGCAGCCACACGUGGCAGACGCACACGUCGCGCCUCACGUACAGUGUGCGACACAUGUACGGCCAGGAGGGCAGUCGCGUCGACUACACCGCCCAUGGGUGCACUCAAGUCCAGGACAACCGCCUCUGUCCAUUCACGUCCGACCAGUUCCAGACACUUCAAGGAGGGCAACAGGUGGGAGAUCUGGAAGACAUUGCUCAACUAUGUGAGAACAAGCAGUACUUAGCAGGCGUGCAAGCUUCACAUGCUGAGAACUGGAAAACAGCUCGCAUCAGAGAUGAUCUUGCAGGCGGAACCGUUUGAAGGUCGCGACGCGGAGUCUUCUGCGGAACCUCUAGUAGGAAUUCAUAAACCAUCGCAGUUCUAUUUCUACAUUAGAAAAUUAACUAGUCCACCUUAAUGCAUGUUCGGUGCUAUUGUGUGUUUAAGGAAAAGAGGAUGCAUUGAGGCUAUGCAUUGUGAAUACAACACAGCAUUCGUUUUGUUUGCGCAUGUCACCCGUAUCAUUGAAGUGGUGUACAUUUAUGCAUUUACUCCAGAGUAUGAAUUUAAGUGUUAAUAAAAUGCUUAUUCAUUGUUGUCUUUGACAA